CCCAUGCUUGCUUGUGUAUUAUAAAGAGGAACAACUAAGUGAAUAAUAAAUCAUAGAAUACAUUGCAAUUUAAACACAAUGGCAGACGAGAGUGACCCCGGCUUUUGUUACUCAGUCGAUACAUUCGGUAAAAAGUUAGACUUCAAGAAAGAUGAGGACGUACAGAAAGUAGUCGAGGAAAUCAAAGCGUGUAAGAAUUUGACUUCAAUACGGCUCAGCAACACAAGUGUGAGCAUAGAGGCCGCCAAGGCAAUUGCGGAUGCCAUAGCAGAACACUACGAAAUAGAAAUUGCGAACUUCAGUGAUUGCUUCACCGGCCGGUUACUAACGGAAAUACCACAAGCUGUCGCAAGUUUUGGAGAAGCGCUAAUGAACAAGCAAAACCUCAAAGUGAUCGAUUUCAGCGACAACGCCUUUGGCCCCGUUGGCGCCAGAGCUGUGCACAAACUGAUCUCUCACAACAUAAACUUAGAGGAACUACGCUUCGUCAAUAAUGGGCUGGGCACUCAGGGUGGUCAGAUGAUGGCUUCCGCUAUAGAAACAGCAUGCGACAAUGCGGAGGAGGCUGGCAGAGAUUACGGAUUGAAAACGUUCAAAGCAGGCCGCAACCGUUUGGAAGAUUUGGCGGCAACGGAGCUGGCGGAAUCAUUCAAGAUGUGCCCCCACUUGAAGGAAGUGGCGAUGCCACAAAACGGCACCACCAAGGUCGGCUUUGUGGCUCUAUUCGCAGCGUUUGCGGGGAAAGAUAUGGAAAUCAUAAACAUGAACGACAACACAGCCACUGAAGUGGGGGCGAAGGCUGUAGCCGAAGCUAUCCGAACGAUGAAGAAUCUGCAGAAGAUUGACUUGGGCGAUUGUAUGUUGCGGGAAGAGGGGUGCAUAGCUGUGUGCGAAGCAAUCCAACAGAGUGGGAACACGGGCUUAAAGUCUAUCGAUAUGGCCUUCGCAGAUAUCGAAGAAGAACAAGCCGAGAAUGUUGCAGAUGCCAUGGCACUUAUGCUGAGAACACAGACAGAAUUAGAAUCCUUCCGCAUCUCUGGGAAUGAAAUGGAAGAUGAUGAAGUGCUAGAGCGCCUAUAUGCAGUGCUGGAUACUACGGUUGGCCGGGAAGUACUGGUAUAUGAAGAUGAAGAGUGAGAUAAGCAGGAGAUGUGGUAAAGCAAAAUAAUAUAAAAUAAAUUUUUACGGAUGUAGACAAUGAACUUUUUAUUUUUCGCGGUCAUAUAGUGAUGGGAAUGGGAGAUAAGGGAGUGCUAGAGCGUCUCUAUGCAGUGCUGGAUGCUACGGUAGGCCGGGAUGAUCUGGUGGUAUAUGUAAGUGAUGAAUGAGAUACAAAUGUAGUAGGUGUGAUGCACAAUAUAAUUAAAAAAAUGCUAAUGGUAUUUUGGG